ACUAACCAAUGGUCAAUGUAAUUUUAUAAAAUUUCCAAUGAGUUGCAAUAUUUAAGGUACACCCUAAUACGCUGGGCACGAACAGAGGCUAACCUACCCACACAUUUGUAUGCUCAUACAUAUGCAUUCAAGAGCUCACAACAGACGUUCACAAUUCAUUUCCAGUUGAAAAGCGGAGCGGUUCAGUCGUAGAUAUUGCAAAGAUGGCUGAGUAUGGUGCGAUUAUCAAUGGGGUUCGCGAUAGUUUGACAGACGAUUGGCGGUUUAUAGAAAAUGUAUUUAAGUUGCUGCAAAAUGCAGAUACCUUCUGCGCAGACCCAAACCAGUGGGAUAGACAGAAAAUAGUGCACUUUAUGCAGCCAGACGAACUAAAGAAACUCAUAAACUUAUCAGUUAAUGAAGAGGAACAAUGUACGCGUUUGGAGAUCGAACAGCUAUGCCAACAGGUGAUACAGUAUUCUGUAAAAACUUCGCACGGUCGCUUUCACAAUCAGCUCUUCGGUCAGCUGGAUCCGUAUGGCUUAGCCGGAGCACUUUUAACCGAGGCGCUAAACACCAGCUCUUAUACCUUUGAGGUGGCGCCUGUGUUUAGCCUAAUCGAAACAGAGAUCAUAUCAACAGUGUGUCGUUUAGCCGGUUACACCCAGGGCGAUGGCAUAUUUGCACCUGGUGGAUCCGCUUCCAAUAUGUAUGGCUUAGUGCUGGCGCGCUAUAAGCGCGCUCCAAAUGUAAAGUCCACAGGGAUGUUUGGCAUGCGUCCGCUUGUGCUCUUCACCUCCGAGGACUCACACUACAGCAUGAAAAAAGCCGCACACUGGCUGGGCAUUGGUGCGGAUAAUUGCGUGGCGAUUCGCACCAAUGAUAACGGUCAAAUGUUGCUGUCAGAUUUGGAGGCGCAGAUAAAAGCAGCCCAGGAACGUGGCUGUGAGCCUUUCUUCAUCAAUGCCACAGCCGGCACAACAGUGCUGGGCGCCUUUGAUGACUUCACGGGCAUAGCUAAGCUUGCGGCACAAUAUGAUCUCUGGUUGCAUGUGGAUGCUUGCCUGGGCGGGGCUGCGCUAUUGGCGUAUAAGCAUAGCUCUCUGUUGACCGGUCUACAAAAGGCAAACUCGUUUGCCUGGAACCCACACAAGACCCUUGGUGUCCCCUUGCAGUGCUCACUGUUUCUUACACGGGAAUCGGAUUUAUUGGCACGUUGCAACAGCAUCGAGGUUAACUAUCUUUUCCAGCAGGACAAGUUCUAUGAUGUGUCCUAUGACACGGGCAAUAAAAGCGUACAGUGCGGACGUAAGAUCGAUGCCUUUAAGUUCUGGCUCAUGCUGAAGGCUCGUGGAUAUGGCACUUUUGGACAUUUGGUGGAUCACGCUAUUGAUAUGUCGCGCCUGCUGGAGCAGAAGCUGCGCGAGCGUACAGAUCGCUUUAGAUUAGUUCAGGAUACACAUGAAUACUCAAAUGUGUGCUUCUGGUAUAUACCAAAGUUCAUGCGUGUGCCAAAGAAUGAGGAAAAUGAACAAUGGUGGACACGUUUAUUUACUGUGGCACCAAAAGUGAAGCAACAGAUGGCCUAUAGCGGAACUUUAAUGGUGGGCUACACACCGCUCAGUAGUCGUGGCUUGGGUAACUUUUUCCGCAUGGUCUUGACCUGUUUUCCCGUGCUCAAAACUGAAGAGUUGGACUUUAUAUUAGACGAGAUUGAGCGUUUGGGUGAAAUGUGCGUAUAUUGACAACAUCAAGUGUGCAGCUUACUUUUAAAAUUGCAUACUGUAAAUCAUAAGAUCAAAUAUUUAUAAUAAAGAAGCUUGUUUGCUUCGCGUAAAA